CACCACGUGGAAUGAUUGGGGAAUCGACCACGUGGGAUGAUUGGGUAAUCGACACUUUGCUUUGUUUUUAUACUUUGUUUGUUUAAUCAAUUCAACAAUGACGCGUGACUAUAAAACAAUUCACGAGAAGUAAAACUGCAAUUACUCCUUGUUAAAAAGACGAUAUUAUAAAAGGAUGAAAAAUUUAAAACAAAUACUGUUAUAAUGUAAAGUAAUUGGACAAGUGCGAUUUGUUUGUACAAAAAUGGCAUAUUAACGUUCUAAGAUUGUACAUACAUUUGAUAUGUGUAUUCAGACAACUGCUUUCUAAAUACACUGUAUAGACAAUGUGAUGAUUGCUUAUUAUACUUUAUAAGUGAUGUGAUAAUUGCUUAUUUUAUUUUCUAGACUAUUGAAUAAUUGUUCGAUGAUAUAACAAUCCAACGAUGAUCUUACUAAGGACAUGAUAUCACCCGUUCUAAUAAUCUGGGCAUUCCUGUCAGUUCUGGUUUCAGGUUUAACUACGUAUGCAUUCGUUCAGCCUGUGUGGCUUGUUGGUUCCAAUUUGUUGGAAACGUUUGGAAUGAUAAGUUUAUGUUUAUCAAGAACAGUAUUUCCCGGAGGAAGCUUAAAACAGGAAUGUGAGUUUUAUGGAGGAUAUUUCAAUUUGGGGAACUUGCCGUCUGGAGCAUGGCAGGCGGCCUGUGUUUUAUAUGGAGCAGGAUGUGUUCUACUUUCAUGCGGAGCAUUCUUAGCUGUCUGUACAUCGUGUAUACCAUGUGAUGUUAUUAGGACUGUUACAGUGAUGGCAGGAUAUGUACAGUUUGUAGCAGUUCUGGUAAUGAUUGCAGGAUUAUUUAUUUACCCACUAGGAUUUGGAUCAUCGUUUAUAAGACAAUACUGUGGAUCUAAGUCCGUCAUGUAUCAGGCUUACGAUUGCUCUAUAGGCUGGAGUUUUGUACUGGCUGUAACAGGGACGUGCCUUGCCAUGUUUUGUCCAGUUCUGUCACGGUUUACAGACAUGAAAGGACGCGACAUAAUGCCUUAAUUGGUAUCAAGAGUUAUUAGGAAAGACUAUAUCAUUAAACAAAAGACAAUCCGAACUCAGUAAUAACAUAACUUGAAAUGGAGGCAAGCUUUUUGAGAGCUCGAGGGUAUAAAUGUGUAGGAAAACUUUAGAAGUCAUAUGAUACAAUUCCCAAUAUAUUACUGAUAAUGAGCUGAAUAACUACAGUUAUUUAGUAUAUUUACGUAUAGUAC